AGCCAACAACAAAUCGCCAGGCUAGAGCGGAGUGGAAUAGCUCGUUAGUAUUCAUCGCAUCUGGAUUCUAGAAUCUAGAGCACACCGGAUCGCGGGUCCAGCCAUUUUCGGCUCGCUCGCCCGCUCUGCGCGUCGUUCGCCCCCAGAUCCACUCGAUCCAGCCAUUGUUUGGAAGAUUAGAGACCGGCUUUCUCAAUCGCGUUCGCCGAUCCCUGCUGCGAUUGCGUGAAGCUCGUUCUUCCUUCCCGUGUUUUCCCAGACUCGGUUCUCCUGAGCUCCCGUCACCCUUGUUGCGGAGCAGAGUGCAGCGAAGCUUUUCGGUUACGCGACACGUUAACAGUUGCUGGUGGUCUAGCCAUCCUGUCGAUUCUGAAGCUCUGAGCCAAGUCGUCCCCGCUAUUGACCUCCUCGAGAUCAUUCCUGUCGGGCUGAAGCCAUCCUGAUCAUAUCCAGAAUCCUACACUUACAAGGCGGGAGGAUUCUACGUUAUAACCGAAUUCGGAUCCGAUAUAAGGCGGCAUUCGAUGAGCUACACCAUAUCCCAGCAUGCGUACAUCAAGGCGACGCUGCACUCGAUCAAAUUCCCCUAUGCGCCGGUCCUCGGCGCCCUGAUAGGCAAGGUGCGGGGCGGCGGCAACACCGGCGGAGGAACGACAGAUACGGGGGAUGCUGCGGGGAGCGGGGGGAGCGCGGGGAGCGCGGGGAAGGCGGAGGUGGAGGUAGAGGAUGCGGUGCCUCUAUUCCAUGGCUGCCUGCUGCUCCCCAUGCUAGAGCUAGCGCUCAUGCAGGUGGAGGAGUACGCGUCAUCUCGCGGCAUGGCGGUGGUGGGGCUGUACGCCGCCAACGAGCGUGUGGACGCGGUGGAGCUGGCUGCGGGCACCAGACGCGUGGGAGACUGCAUCGCCAAGCACUGCAAGGACGCGUGCUGCCUGCUGCUGGACCCUAAGCUGAUGCAGCAGCUGCUGGGGACAGGCGCGGGGGCAGCAGCAAAGGGGAAGGAAGGCGGGCAAGGGGGAGGGGCAGGAGAGGCGGACUCGGACUCUGCAGCACCUGUGGAGGCACAUCACGCAUUUAAGUUGUACACGUGGGACUCAGCCCGCGUGUGGCGAUUCCAGAAGCCAGAGGCGGCAGGCGGAAGCACGGGAGCAGCCUCAAUGCGUGUGCGGCCGGCGACCGUGGCCGGCAUCCUUCGGAGCUAUCUGGAGGAGGGGCGGCAGUGGCGGCUAUGCGACUUUGAGGAGCACCUGGAAGAUGUGUCCAGGGAUUGGCGGAACUAUGAAGUGAUGGAGUGACGAAGGUGUUUUGCAGUGGAAAUAUACUGGACUAUAGUAGGCCCACGUUUUUUGGGUAUCUUCUAUUCAACCAGUCUAAGGGGCAUGUAUAGCAUGCGGCAGGCAUGACAAUGUGACCAAGGAUUGUCUCAUCCAUUCCCUGGUAAUUUUUUUGGCCAUGCAAUCUUUUAGAAGCCGUAAUAUUGAAGCUUAUAUACCUCGGGUUGUAUCCUUCAUUCUGUUUGAGUUACAGG